CCCUGCCCGGUUACCGUACUUCCUGUUGUGGGUGUGGCCGUCAGAUGACUAACAGAUCUACUGGAGGAGACCCUCAGCUAGUCUGCUCUAGUCUGCUCUAGUCGGCUUCCUGAGAGUUAUAAACACAGUUUAAACUCCGCUCAGCGUUCCUCUCUCGGUGGCAGAUCGUAGCUGGGAUGCUGUGUCAGGAUGGGAAAUCUGUUUGGAAGAAAGAAACAAACCCGAGUGACAGAACAAGACAAAGCGGUGCUGCAACUGAAACAGCAAAGAGAUAAACUGAGGCAGUAUCAGAAGAGGAUCAACCUGCAGCUGGAGAAGGAGAGACUUUUAGCCAAGCAGCUGCUGAGAAAUGGCAAAAAAGAGAAAGCACUCCUCUUGCUGAAAAAGAAGCGCUACCAGGAUCAACUUCUAGACAAGACGGAGAACCAGAUUGGCAACCUGGAGCGUAUGGUCCAGGACCUGGAGUUCGCCCAGAUUGAAUCGAAGGUCAUUCAAGGGUUGAAAGUUGGAAAUGAAUGUCUGAAGAAGAUGCACGAGGUGAUGUCUGUCGAAGAAGUAGAGCGGAUUAUGGACGAAACCCAAGAUGCCAUCGAGUACCAAAAGCAAAUAGACGAAAUGCUGGCUGGAUCUUUAUCACAAGAAGAUGAAGAUGCUGUACUGGCUGAGCUGGAGGCCAUAACUCAGGGAGACGUUGAGCUUCCAGAGGUUCCCGAGGACGAGCUCCCAGAAGUCCCAGAGGCCACAGAGAAGACACCAGCGAGGGAACGUCCCAGAAAGAAGCCGGAGCGAGAGAUGCUCGCUGCGUAGGAACGUGACUGACCUGCCUCAGCUGACCUGCUGGAUCUUCUCCACGACACCUCAAGUCCUUUCAUUAACCUACAACCAACACAAACAUUUGCUGGAGAAGUCUGUGUCUCCUUCAGAGGCCUUUGAUGAAGUGACAGCAGCCUCUCUCAGAUACUGGGCUUCCUCCAUAGCAUCACCCAGCCGCUGUCCGUCCUCGGCUGCUGGUGCGUCGACACGUGAAGGCGGCAGGACGGCUUCACUCCGACCACGAAGACCUGUGAGAUCAGAUAAUUGUGCCUAAUCUUUGUUUCACUAGUGAAUCAUUUUACAUACAUUGACUUAACUUAAAUGCAUGUGUUACUCAUUGUAAUUCAUCAAAUGAUCAAAUCAAGGGUCGAUUUACCCAAAUUACUCAAAGACUUAUUUAUCCAAUCACAUAGUUUUAUCUCAUCAUUUUUAUUUGUUCAGCUUUUAGUGAUUUCUGCCUUCUUUCAGUACAGCGGAGGUGCUUUAAAACCUCAACAGUAACAUCUCUCAAUCUCUGCAUUCAUUUGUCAGAAUACAGACACACCAAGCCGACAUCAAAGAACAAGCGGCGACGAAGGCCGCCAAUUGCGUCACCUCACGUCGCCUUUGUCUUGGCCAAAAAGUUGCACUCGAACACAUUGCAAAGACUACAGCCGACGGCCAGUUAGCACGUAUGUUCUGCGCCUGUAUGAGAGGAAAUUACUCUCAACAUGCUGAAUUGGCCGAAAAAACUCCGACACGGGCAGACUAGAGCCGACGAUGCGGGACACGAUGCAAAAACUAAGCCGACCGUCCGCUUGGUGUGUCAGGACCUUUAGUUUCCCCAAAGACCCUUUUUUUUUUCUUGCUUUUAAUAAUAAAAAACAUUUACAAUACA